AUGAGCGUCCAGACUUUUGUCAACACGAGCGUCUUGGGCGCCACGAUUGCCGAUUCGACAAAAGCAGCACUCGAGGACGCAUUCUGGGACUGCGAGGGCGCGCAGCUGGACCUGGCCGACAUCAACCUGAACCGGUACUGGAACUUUUACCAAAGCGAGUGCGCCAAGGCGCUGCACGGCGGCGGCAAGCACAUUGCCACGCGGACGCACCACGACGUGAUUGAAUGCGUGCGCAUGCUGCGAAGCGGCCAGGAGCGCCGCGCCGUCAAGGACCAUUUGCGCGCCCGCCUCACCGCCUUCCACACCAACGAGGACGAGAUCCUCGACAACUCCAUCGACCUCGCCGCGAGCGUGCUGCUCAUGAUGAACUUUUGCACCUACCCGUACGGCUUCUCCGGCCGCCGCUGGCUGAACUGGAACAACGGCGCCUCGCUGCAGACGCUCCUCCACGACUUCUUUGGCGCCGACGCCGCCGCCGCCGAGACGAGGACCGACAGCGUCGUCAAGCUGGAAAAGAUCUUCACCGCACACAACCUCAUGCGCAUCGCCGGGCUCCAGGUCGUCUGGACCGACAACAUGCUCGACCACCUGCGCCUGACCGACGACGAUCGCCGCGUCCACGUCUUCCACCACGCCUCGUUUCUGGAAGUUCAAAAGCAUAGCCCAAACUGCCUCUUGCCGUGCGGCCUCGCAGACGAGACGCUGCGCACGCUCGCCCUACUCAUCCCCUCCUCCGACCCGGCCACGCGCACAUGGUUCACGAGACAGGCCAACUAUCCAGAUCUCGACAAGCGCGCCAGUCGCUAUCGGAGACUGAAAACGGAUGAUCGCCAGAUUGAAAAGUUUCCGUUUUGGCGGGACCGGUUGCUCAUGCUGAAGCAAGUCUUUGACGAGGCACAGCCCCAGUCACUGUCCCAGUGGUGGUACGACCGACGCAAUGGUGUCCAGUGGUAUACAUUUUGGGUUGCUGUCCUUGUCUUGAUCCUCACGAUAGUAUUCGGCUUGAUUCAAAGUAUCGAAGGGGGGCUGCAAGUGUACGCCUCCUUCAAAGCUCUAGAGGCAUCAGCGCCUCAGAGCCGGUGA